UGGAAUGGUCAGACUCUUCAGCAUCACAAACUAUGCACAUUCCGUCACCUCAAUACCCUCACAGAUACAGCAGAUCUAUGAAGAUGUACUCUCGGAAAGUGGAUCCAGCCACAAAAAACUCCUUUCACAAUCAUUAUUGUUCAGCAACCAAAUCUACGGUUGAACAAAAUGCUAAAGAGACUUCACAGACGUCAUCUUCAUUCAUUGCCUUGCCACCUCAGCCUAUGAGAAGAAUGGAUUUUUCAUCAACGGAACACCCAAAACAGCACGAUCUUGAUGAAUCCGGAUCCAUAGCAGCCACUACUUAUGUUGACCAAGAAGUAUGUACUGAAAUAACAGGGGUACCAAGUCCUGAGAAGACUUCAUUAUAUUCACCCAAAACUUCCGCUAAAAUUCAAGAUAUUAAUAAAGAACAACAGGAGGUAGAUGCACAUCGACUAGCCAUUGAAAAAUUUCGUCCUCUCGGUGUCAUCAGAAAUUUGGAAUCCCUCAAACACCGGCGCAUUGUUGACAUUUCACACUUCAUUAAAGAGGUGGCGAAAUUGGGUGAUCAUGAAUGCCUAGCAAAUAGACAAUUGGGAGGAAUGGAUUUCCUGAAAGAAAACCGUUUGGGACUUGCAAGUGUCCUAACCUUUGGGUGCAACUACUGUGGCCAGGCUCGAAGAAUUAAAACGAUUCCAGAGGGAUCAAAACAAAUAAACAUGUCUUGUGUUGCUGGUUCAAACGCCAUUGGCAAGGGACACGAUCACCUUGCAGAACUACUAGUUUUUCUUUCCAUACCGCCGCUAUCCUAUGAUGCGUUCAGGACACACGAAGAUGAAGUAGCAGAGGUAUUCUUUGAUGCAUUAGAGGAAGACAUGAUGGAAGCCGGCAAAGCGGAGAGAGAUAUUUCCAUCAGAAAAGGCAGAUUUUUGGAAGGCAUGCCUGUCGUAACUGUGAUAGGUGAUGGUGGUUGGAGUCACAGGAGUUACGGGCACAAGUACAAUGCAAAGUCUGGUGUUGCCGUUAUUAUCGGAAAGAACACAAAACGGUUACUGUACAUAGGUGUUAGGAACAAAUAUUGCAGUGUGUGCGCCAUUGCAAAGCGAAAGAAGGAGAAAUGUCCUGAACAUUAAUGUUACCUUAAUUGGAAUGGUACUUCGCCUGCCAUGGAAGCGGAUAUCAUUGUUGAGAGAUAUAAUAGGAGCGAAGAAAUGCACAGGGUACAUUACGAUACGCUGAUUGCAGAUGGUGAUUCAAGUUUGCUGACGGCCAUCCGAGGAAGGGUGCCUUAUGGAAGAAUGGUAACCAAACUUGACUGUGUAAACCACUUACUAAAAAAUGUGAAAAAAAACCUUUUUGAGCUCCAGAAGAUACAAAACACAAAUAAUCGUCAUAAAGUUGAAAAAAAAAUUGAAGGAAAAAAAAGGAAUGGGCCGGCCAGCCGUACUUAUGGGUAGUAGGUGACAGGGUGAUUCUCGUCUUUCUCGCCACUUCUUUAGCCGUGUCUCGUCAUCGAAAGCAGGAUCAAUUUUUCUGAGAGCAUCACUCGAUCAUUUUCCAGUAGCUACAUUUGCAAGAAGUUUUCUUCAUUCGGACGAUACUAGUUCAGACGUAAUGCCUCAUGAGCAUCACAGCAGUCAUGCUCUGAUGUCUUAAAACUAAUUUUCCCAAAUACCUACCUACAGCUUUCAAGCGAUGUCUUUGCUCGUGACAUAGCGUCUGACAAACUGCCUACUGAAACUUGGUGUAUUAAUAGGCAUGUGCCUCAUCCUAGCGAUACUUAAAAUGGUUCGUUGCUAACAACUUAAGGGUUUGCAAGACUAGGUCUGUAACCUUUGCCAAAGUGUUGGUUCGUAAUAACGUAUAAACUUGUUUUUGGUACGUGCCGGCCGGCCCAUUCCUUUUUUUUCCUUCAAUUUUUUUUCAACUUUAUGACGAUUAUUUGUGUUUUGUAUCUUUAAAGAAAAAAAAUCAUUACAGUUUUCAAAGGGACAUAUUUGAUUUUUAAACAAAGAGAUAUACUAAAAUCCAAGCGAUGGUUGGUGUCUCUUCAGCGAUGAAUUGGAAAGUUUCAAAGAAUUUUGUCCCGAGGUGGACAAAUUUAAGGGAAGAUGGGCCGUUUUGAUAUCACUUCUUUUAAACGAUGGAUCAAAACGUGUUCAGACCAUUAUACGUUUUAUGUAUUUGAUUUGUUGGAGGAAAAAGGGGGGAAAUUGGGCCGUUUUGAUAUAACCUACCUACUUUUAAAUGAUGAAUUCAAACGGCACAGCUAUCGUAUGUUUUUGGUAUAAUUUGUUUUUUAAAUAAUAAUCAGACAGUUUUUGGGAUUGGGCCGACAUUUUGCACAAAAAUCUAUUUUUGUUUUUAGGAGGAAUUCAAAUUGACGCUUGGGUUUGAAUUCACCAUGCGGCGCACACUGGAACGAAAGGUGUGCCCGGUCAUGGGGCUUUUCCUCAACUUCUUACGGCCGUUCCACUUAUUUUAGUCAUAUUUUCGGGUAUUUAUGAGGUCAUACUGACAGAUUUUUCCUCGUAGUUCUCGAUUUUGACGUUUGUUUUGACAAUUUAUUUACAUAAAUGGGUGUUAUAAGAUGCUUUAAUAAUUUUUUGCUAGCGCUUGAAAAUGAAAGUCAACUUGAUUUUUGUUUUUUUACACGUGCUUUGCCUUGACUUAUUAAUUUAACUAGUGUUUGUUACUGAGGAAUAAGAUAUUUGAUCGUUUUUUAAUAAAAGAAAAGUCAGAACAAAAAGUAUUUUGAGGAAUCGA